AUGACGAUUUUGACGAGUAUCUCAACGACUGGAUACACGCUGUUUAGCUUGCAAGGGAUUUUCAAUGCGUUCGAAGUGGCUUUAGCGUCAGCCAUUAUCUACGGUACCUGCACAGUAGUAUACAACAUCUUUUUCCAUCCUCUCAGGCACAUCCCUGGUCCCCUCUUCGCACGCGCCACCGGUCUAUGUUUCGCGCUACACAUACGCGAUGGUAGUGUGGUCAAAUGGAUCAAAGAAUGCCACGAAAAAUACGGUGAUGCAGUGCGUCUAGAACCGAAUGAAGUCAGUUUCAUCUCGGGAGAGACUGCGUGGCAGGAUAUCUACGGCCACAAAACGGAUAGAAGCAGAAACUUUGUCAAGGACCUGAAGUGGUUCCCCCGGCCUGUCAAUGGCGUCUUGUCACUUCUCAUCGCAGACGAAGAGGGGCAUCCGCGGAUGCGACGUAGCUUAUCGCACGCUUUCAGCGACAAGGCUCUACGAGGACAGGAAAGUCUCAUACAGUCUUAUGUCGAUCUUCUGGUACAACGUCUGGGCGAACACGCUGCCGAAGACACCGAUAUCGAUAUCAGGACUUGGUACAACUUCACGACCUUUGACAUCAUAUCCGACCUCACAUUCGGCGAACCCCUCUACUGCCUCCGCGACUCCAAAGAACACCUCUGGAUCUCAAUCACCCUCCGCAGCCUUCAAGCCAUCGCCCUCCACGUCUCACGAGGCAAGCACUUUACAUUCCGCUACCUCGAUUUUGUGCGAAGCCUCUUCACUGACAACACCGGCCCCAUGCGCGCCCGCUACGAAUUCGCGAAACGGGCCCACGACAUGGUAAGCAAGCGACUCGAGAAGAUCCAAAGUGGAGAAGACACACGCCCCGAUUUCUUCACACACAUAAUCAAGAACCAAGAGAAAGAAAGCACUCGACUCACCCGCGCGGAAAUGGAUAGUAAUGCUGUUUCGUUCCUCAUUGCAGGUAGUGAAACGAGUGCGACGGCUCUGGCGGGUGCGACGUACCUCCUCCUCCGCAACCCACAGCCGUACAGGAAACUCGUUACGGAGAUCCGGUCACGCUUUUCUUCUGCUGACCAAAUUACCGUUGACGAAGUCAAUAAACUGGAUUACCUCAUCGCUGUAUUCCAGGAAGCGUUGAGGUACUAUCCGCCUGCUGCCACGGGCCUUGCUCGUGUGGUGCCGGCGGGUGGCGACUGUGUGUCGGGCUACUAUGUCCCUGGCGGGGCGUCGGUAUAUGUAUCCAUGCAUGCCAUGGGCCAUUCUGAGCGUAACUGGCGGGAUCCAGAUGCUUUUGUGCCGGAGAGGUGGUUGGGGGAUGAGCGGUACACGGAUGAUAAGAGGGCGAGCCAUCAGCCGUUUAGCUUUGGGCCGAGGAAUUGUAUUGGGAAGACUCUUGCACAUGCGGAAACGCGCCUCAUUCUCACCAAGGUGCUUUUCGCUUAUGAUCUAGAACUUGUGGACAAAGAGAGGGAUUGGAUGGACCAGAAAGUCUUUGCGCUUUGGGAUAAAGGGCCUAUGAUGGUCAAGGUGAAGCCUGCACAGCAGCCGUGA